GGUCGAUAGCAACCCAUAUUGCGAAUCCUGAAUCUAUGGCAAACACACGUGUUUAGUGAUAGCGUGACAUUAAUCGGCGGCGGUCCGUGGCAGUCAGCUGUUUGUUAUCGCGGCGACGAGACGCACCCGCGCCGCGCUCCCACAAAUGUUACGAUAAUACACCACACUCGUUAAACAAUCCGGGCAACUCAGUGCUAUCCCUUAGCAACAAGUGCAAUUAUGAAGUGUCUAUUUCAGUGACACGAAUACCACAAAAGCCGCAAACUGAGUAAUCGUUAAGGUGAAGCAUCACGGAGCGCGAUGAUCUCCUCGUGUUAACACCAGAAGAUGAUGAGAGAUAAGCACGAUGGCUCCGGAUGCCGAACACAGCGAGACGGUGCGACUGAAUGUGGAGGAGGGGACCCCGAGCCGGAGCGGGCGGCGCGUGCUGCCGGACACGCGCGCGCCGGCCUGCGCCUGGACCGAGCACGAGGAGGAGCGCGCCGGGGACAACACCGGCAGCCCCGGCGAGAACAAGCGCCUGCUGCCGGCCGGGGCCGCGCCCGCCAGGCAUAAGUCCCGCCUGCAGGCCGGCCUCACGCUGGGGGUGCACCCGCCCGGGAAGUACAAGUAUCCUGAACUAACGAAAGCACAGAAAGCGCAAGCGAAAACCAAAUUCGCGAAACGGAAAGACAAGCUUAUAGCUUUACUGAAACCGCCAUACUUCAUAGUCUCUAUGAUAAUUUUAAUUGUGUUCAUCCACUUGUGGGGCACGGAGGAGGUGCGCGCGCAGCUGGAGUGGUCUCCGGGCGCGUGGUGGCGCGAGCCCUGGCGGCUCGUCACCUACGGCUUCGUGCACGCCAACGCCGCGCAUCUCGCGCUCAACGCGCUCGUGGCUCUAGCUGUGGGCUGGCCGCUGGAGCGCGAGCAGGGCUGGUGGCGCGUGCUGGUGCUGUGGGGCGGCGGCGUGGCGGCGGGCGCGCUCGGCGCGGGCGCGCUGCAGCCGCGCGUGCGCGUCGUCGGCGCCUCCGCCGCGGUGUACGCCUUGCUCACAGCGCAUAUCUCUAACGUGUGCCUUAGGUUUGGCAACAUUCCUCUGUGGUGGUUCCGUCCCCUGAGCGUGCUGGUGCUGGGCGCGUCGGAGGCGUGCUGGGCGCUAGUGCGGCCGCCGCCGCCCGCCGGGGGCGCGGCCGCGGCGCACGCGCAGGGCUCCUACGAGUACAUCGCCUGGGCCGCGCACGUGCUGGGGGCGGCUAUAGGGGUCCCUCUGGCGUUUCUUGUUUUCACUGGUGAGAACUUGAAGCAGCCGUACGUGGUGGCGUGCCGCGUGCUGUCCGCGGUGCUGCUGGCGGCGGGCGCGGCGCUGGCCGUGCUCUACUACGCCUGGUUCGCCGACAUCGACCUCACCUGAACCCGGGACCGCGCUUCCGGGAACCGUGCUACACAUCCGUCCGCUAUUCGUGACUUAGGAUAGCUUUUGAUGGAAUUUACACCUUUGUAUUUUUAUAUACAAGGACAGACAAGGAAGACAGGAUCUCCCGUAUCUGGUGAUAUGGUGAUCAGAUCUCUGGCAAGGUCUAAGAGUAGGUUAGUUAAGGGUAAUGUAAUAUAAGUCGAAAAUUCUAAAUUGUGACUUCGCCUUCUACACUUACCCAUAAAACAUAAUGGAUAUAAUUGUAAUUGAGCAUUAGUCCUUAACUUAUUUAGUCAGUACCACAUACUUUUGAUUGACAUAAAGAAACCAGGCUGACAAAUAUUCAUAAAUAAUUAUUGCUCUGAUUCAAUGGCUGUAACGGCGAAGGCACUCAAAUAUUAAUUGAUUUCUGUGAAAUCCCUCUUUCGAUUGUUUUGCAUCAAAACGUUGGACGCCGGCUAGUGAUAUUUUGUAAGCUUUGUACUUAUGCUGUUAACUUUGUAUGUAUUUGUAGUAAUCAAGUGCAAUUGUAACUUAACUCUAACUUGUUCACUUCGAUAUUGUAAUAUUUAUAAAAUGUUCAGGACUCCGACUACGUAAACUAAAUUGUCUCUAAAAGUAGAAAGUUAAUCAAGAAGUGACCGAAGUGCCUUAUAGUAUAUGUAUUUGUAUUUUUUGUAACACAAUUACAUUUAUGGCGUCAGCUAGUGUUUAGAAAAACAAUCAAAAUGUUAAGUAAUGUGUAUUUCUACCUCAACGUUAAGGUAAUACGGUUGCUUUUUGUUUAACGAUAGUCUACUACUAGUAAUAGUCUGAAAUGUCGUCAAUCGGUUAUAUAAUAUUAAUCCUAUCUUUUAUGAUGUAGAAAUAUUCUAAACAAUUUUAAAAACAAAUAAAUUUAAACAAUGAACGUCACAUCUUAUCGUCUGAUAAAAUAGGGUCACCAAAAUAUUUUCAUUAGCACUAAAUUACAUGGAAACAUGAUGUAACUAACUGAUGUAACAAACAUCAUAACAUUGUUAUUUUAUUGUUUUAAUAUCAAAUGAUUUGUAAUAUAGUUGUGAAUGGUGACACAACCCUAUCAGACUGCAACCAAAGAGAUUAUUGUAUUCUAGUCAUUAAUGACUUACGUUAAUUACAUGACAUUAUUAUUUA